AUGUCUCAACCGCCCUACGAAUACGCUCAUUACAUGGGCCAACACCCCCAACAGCCAUACCAAUAUGCCGCCCCGCCCAUCAUCCAACCCGCCGCCUCCUUCUAUGCUUCCCCUCAGGACCCGAGUCCGGCUGCCAUCGCUGCCAACUACGCCUCCAUCAAUGGCUCCUUCGAGAUGAACGCCAGCAGGAUUCCUGGCCUAGGCCUGAGUUCUUCCGUGGGCACUCCGGUGCAGCGCGCAUCUUAUCAUGCCGAUAACAGUCUUUCUCAGCCCCAAAAAGCCUUCGCGAAUGCCUCAAGCCCGUCCGCUCAGCGGGCGCAACCGCCAGGUAUCAUCGGCUUGCAGCCACUCAACCCUGCAUACGGCACCGGGAAUACACCUGCAAAGCCUCCCGUCACCCAAUCCAACGACGUAUCAGAGGAAGGCGAGCUGAGUGAAGGUGAACUUGAAGAUCUAUACGAACCCCGAGACUCCAACGUCCCGGCUGCCACGGGGACGAAGAAGCCUGCCCCACAUCUCGAUGCCGUCGAGAAUCUAUCCGGAAGUGUUGGCGAUGCGGAUGGCUCUUCCAUCUACGAUACUGGUUCUGGAAGGGACGAGAUUGUCAUCGACAGCACUUCAGCUUCCCAACCCGCACUGGACGACGAGGAGGAUUAUGAGCCCGUAGAUUACGAACCUGAGUAUUUCCCCCGUGAGCACUCGCGAUCAUACUCACCACACCUCUCACCUGUCGAAACGAGGAGCGACGCUCCCAAAAGCAAGCAAUCUGCGUCGGCCCACCAGCCCAUGGCCCCGUUUGCCGUGCCUGGCGCAGCAACUACGCAGUCACCCGCUACGGUGCCUUCUCCAAACGGACACAUCGCCUCGGCGGUUGCCAAGGUUGAUGUGUCUGCCGACACUCUGAAGCUGGCCGAACCAAGUCCUGCAGAUCUCCCGUACAAGUCAAUUACAGAGGCCAAAAAGAAGGCACAAGAGGCGAUUCUGGGGCUUUGGCCGCUGAAAGUCCGCUACCAAAAUUAUGUGGAGGAAGGACUAGAUCCUCAUGUCGUCAGUUCUCUUUUCACCGAGCUAGGCCUCGACACCUCGUCCGGUGUACCUGCUGUUACUCAACCCACCCCCUCUACUAAGGCAUCAUCAACAAAACCGUCAGAAGUUACGUCUACAGUUCAGCCUUCGCCAAAGUCUACUCCCCAGCCAGCCGUCGCGGUACAAUCUUCAAAAACGGGUUCUGACAAGCCAGCACUCGGUGGUGAGCCCAAGAUGGCAGACAAGAAGUCAGCACAAGAAGAGCGCAAAGACAAGAUAGCACGAAUGCUUGCCGAGAAGAAGAACAAGACUGCGGCUCCUCCGACCGCCCCGGCACCUGCGGCGGCAGCAACUUCCAACGGAACCGCAUCAACUCAGAGUGAGGCGCUGAAGGCGAAGUUGAGGGCCGAGAAGAACCAGAAAAUCCUGGAAAAAAUGGCGGCGCUGAAGAAGCGGCAGGAGGAAAAAUCCAAACUUUCAGAACAGCCAUCGGGCACACAGACGCCGGAGGGUGAAAAGGCCAUACCGACUACCACCUCGGAGCCUUUGUCCACCAAGGACACUGCGUCAGCACCGUCUUUUGGAGAACAGGCGCGAGCCCCCUCUGCGCCACGAGGUCCAUCUGGACUUUCUGUGCCUUCCUCCCCCCAACCCACACCACAAUCUCGCGCAUUGAAAAGGCCGGUGGCCGCCGAUUUCGAUUCGUACCCGACAAGCAGCAGUGGGCUCAAGCGCACCCGUACACAAGAAACGCUGAUCAUUGAUGUCAGCGACGACGAAGAUGUGGAGAUGGAUCUUGGAUCUCCUACAGAGGCACCGUCAAGCGCAAUUCCAAAUAACCCCGGGCUCGUCCGCCAAAAUUCUCUCGCGGCAUAUCCACCUCUCAGCAACUCUCGCACGUGGCGAGGCCAGAGAUCAAGCCCUGCCACACCAGCUGCGGGGACACCCUCCGGCCAUGGGCACAAACUGGAUUUCUUGACCCAGCAAAUCGAAGAAGCCAAGAAAAGGAUUGCCGAAGCAGAGGCCAAGAAGGCAUCCAAGAAGCCCAGCAGCGCCUCGACGCCGUCACGGUCGCCGGUCCAUGGUGCCGGACAGGCGGACUCCUUAAGGCUGCCCAAGCUUUCCGAGGCUUUGCAACAUAACAAUAACGAGCGGCGUGUUAGGAUCGCAAGCUACCAUUUACCUGUUGUUGAAGCUGCUCUUAGAGAGAAGCAGGAAAAGUUGAGAUGCCUCCAACUGGAGGCGGCGCAACUCGAGCUUGAACUGCAGGCCAGCCUAGCCGAACGCGAACGACUGACGGCCGAAAUGGACAGUCUUGACACAAGCGUGGAACAAGAACCUCCUCAUCUGAACGGCUCGGACGAGCAGCAGCAAACCUCUAUUCCUGAAAAUAUUGCUGCCAGCCAAGGCGGAAGUUUUGCGGUUGAGGAGCCAGCCUCGGAGCCGAGACGGCCUUCGACGGAUACUGCUACCCAAGAGGAUCCACAAUCGACGAUGGAUCAGGAAGAAACGGAGUCGUUAAGCGACAAUGCCAACAUGGAUCUUGAAUCCGAGGACUCCGAUGCGGAUGACGUUGCUGAUUCUACCACGAUUGUUCACACUGAAGCUGUGACCCAAUCGGAUCUUCCCCAAAGCGAUAUGGAUGUUCCACGACCAGACUCCGAGGAUGUCAUUACAACUGAGCAAGUGCCUGAUACCGAAGUUCAAGACACGGUGACAGGCGACAACACUCAACACAGCGUAUCAAGCCGUGUUUCCCCUGAGGCCCAAACAGAUGAUCUCGCACGAGCCGAAGCAGAUACUCCUAUGCAGAUCUCUGACGCGGAUGACGACGACGACGACGGCGACAAUUAUGAGCCGUUACCCGCCCCGAUCUCCGAGGCCGGUCAAAUGAAAGAAGACACAAACCUCGAAAAUGGAGAGGUAGACCUACAUUUCCACCUAGAAAGUUCUUCACUCAUGACCGAGCAGGUGCCUGACGAAGAGCCAUAUGAGCCAAACCCAGCCCAGGGCCUGCAACCAGGUGCCGAAGUAGAACCGGAAACCUCGCCUGCCGAAGUACAUUUCCGCCCGUCACCGGAGCCUCGCUUACUGACCGAUCAGCAGGCCCAAGUCCCGAGUUCACUCUCUGCCAAGCAAUUGUUGUCGUAUCAAAGUCCCUUGCGAUAUUUUCAUGCCUACAGGUUUCAUCCAAAAUACCUGGAUGACGUUUCGGGGGGGCUAAAGUCGAUGACUUAUAGCUCAAAGAUUGAUGCCUCGCGUCCUCUUUGCCCCUCGGUCGUUGACGGUGGACAGUGCCCCUAUGGUUCUGGCUGUGAGUUUCAGCACUUUGAAAAUAUGGUUCUCUCGGACACGGCCAUCAUCGCAGAGCUUGGCUCUACGGACAUGUACGAGGGUGAACAAAAAGGCCGCUUCAUCGAAGGCCUUAAGAAGGUCCUCCAAGAUCUCAAGGCGAAAAAGGUUAAGGAUUUUGAUAGCAUCACCAAAGCCAUCGUCCAGUAUCGAGGAGAGUUCCUUGGGGACAAGAGCAAAGUCUUGCCACUCAAGAACGUUGCUCUCUGA